GAGUUUUUGUCAGGCGGGAGCGCGUCGCCGAGCCGAGCAGGACUUUCUACCUUCCUUUCCCCGCGUGGAUAUUCUUGGCGUCGUCGUCGCGGUCUCCAGGCCCCCCGGCACCGGCACCGACAUGCCCUACAGCGUGACUCUCCAGGGACCCUCCCCGUGGGGCUUCCGCCUGGUCGGGGGACGCGACUUCAGCACGCCGCUGACCAUCUCCAGGGUGACGGCCGGCAGCAAGGCGGCCCAGGGGGACCUCUGCCCGGGCGACACCAUCCUGGCUAUCAACGGAGACGUGACCGAGCACAUGACCCACAUGGAGGCCCAGAACCGGAUCAAAAACUGCACUCAGCAGCUCACGCUCAUCAUCAGCAGGUCGGUAUUGUCUUUCAGGUCGGGAUCGGGAGAACGAGUGCGGUCGCCGGUGGUUAGCCAAGAUGGCAAGACGAGCCCUUACAUGGAAUCUGACUCGCAGAACUUCCGGCCCAUCACCAGCGGCUACAGCAACUACAGCCGCAAGGCCUCGUACACCCCCGAACCUCAGCCGCCGCCACCGCCGCUGGUCCCUACGCAACAUCACCCGCAUCCGCAUCAGCAGCAGCAGCAGCAGCAAGCCCCCAACCACUCGCUCAACGGCCAUUCCAAGACCAACAACGGCCACGGCUACGCGUACGGCAACGGGCACGCUCAGUACAACAGCCCGACUGCGCUUUACGCCCCCAACGGCAGCAACGGGGACCGAUCCCUACACGGCAAAAUGGGUGGUCUCAGCCUGAGCGCCCCUCACAGCCCCGAGCCUCCCGCCCCCUCCCCCGUCCAGAGCCGCGACAGCGCCGACAUGCAGUCGCACGUCUACAAGAUGCUGACGGACUAUGAGGAGCCCUCCUCGGAGCCCAAGCAGUCGGGGUCCUUUAAGUACUUGCAGGGGAUCCUGGCGGCCGAGGACGGGGGUGUGUCCCCGACAGAGAGGAUGAGGAGCUUGAGGUCGCCGGUGCGAUCGCCCGUCCCCAAGCUGGGAAGCCCCCUCUCCGGCGGCGUGCCGGGCCUCCAGAAGCUCCCGCAAUGUACGCGCUGCUCCACCGGCAUCGUGGGCACCAUCGUGAAGGCCCGCGACAAACUGUACCACCCCGAGUGCUUUAUGUGCGACGACUGCGGCAUCAACCUGAAGCAGCGCGGCUACUUCUUCAUCGAGGACAACCUGUACUGCGAGACGCACGCCAAGGCCCGCGUGCAGCCGCCGGAGGGCUACGACGUGGUGGCCGUCUACCCCAACUCCAAGGUGGAGAUCGUGUGAGGCGGACGGGGGACAGACCCGGUGGCGGGACAUUUCGGCGUAACGCUCCAUCAUCGCUUGCGUUUGCUUUCGGGGCUUCGGGGACGUCACUUUUUCCUCUUUGUAAGCGGCCAUGCAUCACAGGCGUGUGUCACGGGGAGCGCCGGUGGAAUGUCGGCAUGUUGUUUGGCUGAACUCUAACCCCCGGCUAAAUGGCUCCAUAUGCAAGCAUGCCAGCUCCGCCUUUUGCAAGUGGAAACAAAAAAGCCGGCAGGAGGGAGAAGGACAACACUUUUCCUCUCUUUUUCUCUUCUUCUUUUGUUUUUUUAAUCACUGCAUUUCCCCAGCUGCGGGGUUUUUUUUUCCUAGGGGGAACCCUGUAAGUUUGGGUUGAAAAAAAAGAAAAAAACGUUUUAAAAAAAAUUUGAGAAAGAAAAAUAUAUUUUUGUGUACAUGUUAUUUUGUCAAUGCAUUUCUAAUGACCGACAACUUUAUGUGUGGUUUUGCGAUUGGCGGGCUGGCGCAGUCCACUACAGCAUCAACGUACAAUGGUGCCUUGAGAUACAAGUUUAAUUUCAACAAUCUUCUCCCCAGUGAAUUGUGCACAAAUGCCAUUCAUCUGUUCCGGCCUCCCACCAAAAAUUUGUUUGUAAUAAGAAAAUGUGUAAUUAACUUUUUUAAAAACAUAGAGUUAGCCGCAGUUUUUACUUCUCUUCAGUCUGUUUCAAUUGAAUUCAGCGGAAGUUGCGGUGCUCCUCCCUGUGUGCACGUUUUGGCCACCCAGGGGCAGUAGAAUACACACUAAGAUUUUCUCGACUGACUUAGUAAGCUGCAGGCAAUUCGUCGUUCUUUGGGUUGCACCACCGCGAGACUAAUACUGUUUGUUAGCCCAUUUUUGGUGUGAUGCAUUGCUUGUUGGCAUUAAGCUAAACAGACUUAUACUAAUAAGCAUGUAAUUCUCUUUUGUUUUAUGUUUACUUUGACAGUAGACUUUAGACGGCAGUGGCGACAAACAACUUCCACCCCGACCUUAAAUUUUUGCCUGCAAGUCAAAGCAAAAAAAAAAAA